UUUACGAUGAUUCCUGGCGGGUAGUACGAGAACAAGGCAUGCGCAAGAAGGAAAGGGAUGAUUGUAAACAAAGGAAAAGAAUAAAAAUGUGUUGUUGUUGAGUCAGCAAUGCGUUGGGGACUCGAGAAGGCAACACAAUAAUAAUCACAGACGAUCUUUUUCCAAUUGUAAUUUGUGCCGCGAAAACAGAGACCCUUCCCCCUCACCCACCUGAACUGAACCCUAACGCAAUCGAUCGGGAAGUUCUUGAUAGAUCCGAGCAAACCUGCGAGACCAAUACUACCACCUUCAAUACCUUCUCCAAUCUUUCUCGCCGAAAUUUCUUGUGUUUUCAUUACGAGUGCACAUUCCUGAAUUUUGUUUCAAAUACGCACCUCAGAUGCUCUUUUAGGGUUUUGAAUCUUAUCAAAUUCGCGCCUUUUCGCUCGAUUGCCGACAUUUUCAUACCAAUUAAUCUUUAUCAGCUACGUUUUAGCCUUAAAGCCCUAAUUUGGAACCCAAUUGCGUCGCUUCUAGGGUUUAACCACAAAACCCUAACUUUUCUGAAUUCGACAUGGUGGUUCUCUCCGACAAUGGUUUUUGGUAAAUGGGUUUCCGAUUUCUAGGGCUUAAAAUUCCCAAUGGGUGCCCGAACGAGCAACCGUAAGCGCGGAGACGAGUGCCUGAGCUUCAACCACACGUACCCAUCUCAGAACUCCUCAGAUUUUCACGUUUCGAAGAGACCCAGAUUCUCGUCCAUGCACCAGAACCCGGACCGAACCGUUGUGUCCUCGAACAGCACCGUUGCAAGGCUUUCUCGGUACCCUGAAGCUACUCCGCGGCUGGGUAGGGAAGUCCACGCGCCGUGUAGAAUUCUCAAUUACGGGUUUUCCUCAACAAGUUUGAAUCAGAAAUCCGGCCCAAGGACUAGUGGGGUUUGUGAAAAGGAGAAGCCUAUUGAUGAAAUGGGGAACAUACUGAGUUACAAGUACAAUAAUGCGAAGAAUAGCGCAUUGCGAGCUAUUCGGCACUUGACAAAGGGGAAGGAGAAGGAGGAAGAGGUGAUUGAUGUGGAUACGGAUAAUGAAAAGGGCAGUGGAGGCGGCGGAGUGUCCGAAGAUUCGAGUAUUGAGGAGGUUGAGGUUGUUAAUGGGGUGGUGGUCAAUGUGCAGGAAUUGGAUGCUAAGACAAUGGAUAGAGGGCUUUUUCCCUCGUCGUCUUCUGCGGUUUCAGACUUGACGAAUGGGAAUUUGAGAGUGGACAAUGAGGAGAAGAUGUUAGAUUCUUUGUCGCUGAAUCACGAGCGGGAUUUGUCGAGCGUCUCCGCUUACAAGAAGUUGCUGGAGUCCGUGGAAAAGCGGACUUCAAAAUUGAGAAACCUGAGUUUUGAGAUUGAGGUGAAUGAGAAGCGUCGGUCUAUUUUUCAGUUGUUGCGUCCAGCAGCGAAACCGGUGGAGAAAGUGCCGCGAGAACCUUUUGUUCAUCUUACGAAGGAGGAAGAGGCUGAUGUUGAACGUGCAUUUAAUUCCAAUAAGCGGAAGGUCUUAGCCACUCAUGAAAACUCUAACAUUGAGAUCACAGGAGGAAUUUUGCAGUGUCUUAGACCAGGUGCAUGGUUGAAUGAUGAGGUCAUAAAUGUGUACCUUGAGUUGCUGAAAGAGAGGGAAAAUAGAGAGCCACAAAAAUUCUUGAAGUGCCAUUUCUUCAACACAUUUUUCUAUAAGAAGUUAAUAAGCGGGAAGAAUGGCUAUGAUUAUAAAUCUGUCAAAAGAUGGACUAGCCAAAGGAAAUUGGGAUAUAGCCUCAUUGAGUGUGACAAAAUAUUCGUCCCUAUACACAAAGAGAUACAUUGGUGCUUGGCAGUUAUAAAUAAGAAAGACGAGAAAUUCCAAUAUCUUGAUUCACUCGGAGGGAUGGACACCCAAGUGCUGAAAGUAUUGGCUAAAUAUUUUGUAGAUGAGGUGAAAGACAAGAGUGGAAAAGACAUCAAUGUAAGUUCCUGGAAACAAGAAUUUGUUGAAGACCUCCCUGAACAGGAGAAUGGGUUCGACUGUGGCGUGUUCAUGAUCAAAUAUGCUGACUUUUACAGCAGAGGUAUUGGCCUCUGUUUCAACCAGGGACACAUGUCCUACUUUCGGCAGCGGACUGCAAUGGAGAUUCUUAGAUUGAAAGCCAACUAGUAGAAACUUCCAACCUGCUGUACCCCUUUGAAAUGAGCAAUUAGCUAGUAACAGUUUUCCAUCAUUAAAUGAUGAGUAUGAAAUUGGUGGCCUUCAUCAAGAAAAGAUGCCUUCAUUAUCCUGGUAAGGUGACUUCGGAACGGCGUCGCCGGUAGUGUGCUAGUCUGGAGUGGUAGCUUGUAUAGUUGUAUAUACCAUACAAGUGUGAGCCAUUAUUGAAGGGUUAAUUUGCAAGCUAUAGGUUAUGUAUUGAUAAUUUUCACUUUCACUUGCAAGAAUAUUUCUUAGAACCUUUUUCCCUCCCUCUCUAAGCCUGCGUUCUGCUCAGUGAUCGAAGGCAUUCAUUGCCUAUUUUUUGUAUUGGAGUUGAUUUUGCAAGUGUAAUCGUGAGUUUCAAAUGCUCAAGAAAAUGAGAAAUCCUUGUUUGGUGUA